AAAUUGCGGAAAUUGUACGAUUUCUGCUUUACGAAGGUCCUUCUCUUCUUUCUGUUCUUCACCCGUCAUCUUGUCACUGUAGUCUCCUAUGGGAUCCUACCCCUCCAAAUCCCUCAAGGAUGUGUCUGGCAAGUCGUACCAGUACGUUGUCAUAGGAGGAGGCGCAGCAGGCUGUGUCGUCGCCGCACGUCUCAGCGAAGACCCGAACGUAACCGUGCUCGUGCUCGAGCGCGGCCCCGUCGUCGACAGCUGGCUCUCAAAGAUUCCUCUUUUCUCAUCCAACAUCACCGACAAGAACGCGCCCGUGUACAGGAUCCCGUCCGCGCCAGCCAAGGCUCUGGAAGACCAGACGAUGACGUUGGUGGGGGGCAAGGCACUUGGGGGCUCGACCAAGGUCAAUGCGCUGCUCUACACGCGCUCGACGCCAGGAGAGUACAACGCGUGGGAGCGUGCAGGACGGAAAGGAUGGGGCUGGGACGCAGUCGAGCCGUUCUUCAAGAAGAGCGAGCACUACUCCGCUGCGGCGGGUCUCUCCUUCCGCGGAUCGAAAGGGCCGUGGCAAACGAGAGGCAGUCCCGAGAUCACGUUUGAGUCGACAACAAGAGCCCUAGAUGCUGUUCCCAGCCUGGGAAUCCAGACCGUGAAAAUGGAUAACGACCCGUCGUCGCCCGCGGUUGUGUGCACGCUGCUGGAUACGACGAUCGACUCCCACGGCCGGAGAAGCGAUACGAUGCAGGCGUUCCUUCCCAGCAAGGUCGUUCGCACGCGCAAGAACCUGCACGUUUGCACGGAAUCUGGAACUGAACAGUUCCGUGUUUCCGUCGAGAAGGAGGCCGUUCUCUGCGCCGGUGCUAUCGCGAGUCCUCAUAUCUUGUUAUUGAGUGGCGUGGGGCCUCGAGAUGACUUGGCGCCACUCAAUAUCCCGCUGGUCAAACAUCUUCCCGGAGUCGGAGCUCAUUUGCAAGAUCAUGUUAGCGUCCCGAUCAUUUACCAAGUUCCCAUCACGGACAGCAUCGAUCUUCUCAUCGAGCGCCCGCUGGCUGCGAUCCCCCAGUUGUUCAAGUAUGUGUUCAACGGCCGGGGUAUUCUCGGAAACCAGGUCCAGCAAGCAAACAUCAUGGUCCGAACCAGUCUGGCCGACGUGCAGAAUGCCUCUCCCCAGGACCUAGACGCGCAGAAUCCUGACAACGUGCCUGAUGCCGAAAUCAUGCUCUUGCCGGUCAAUCCAUCUGGCGCGCGGCCGUCCGGGUUUCCCAAAUCCGCGGGGACAUUCUCAAUCAUGACCACUGCAGUGCGGCCUAAAUCGACCGGUUCUGUCAAGCUUGCUUCGGCGGACCCCAGAGCCCAGCCUAUCUGCGAUCUUGGAAUGUUGAUGGAUGCUUCCGACAGAGUUCCGCUUCGUAAGGCGCUCAAGUCAGCGCUUGAGCUGGGUCGUGCCGUGCAGAAAAGCGGGUACUCUAUUUCAGAAUACGACGCUCCAGCCAGCGAAAGCGAUGCUGAUCUCGACGCAUUUAUCACAGCGAAAUCGAUCACAACUUACCACUACUCGUCGU